UUGGUGUGUGCAACAGAGAGCUGCAACAUAUAGCUGCAACAAAAACGAGUGUGACACUCGGUACCAGUAUUGGUGUUAGCUUCUCAACUGAGCAUCAUCAUCAUCAUUGUUUGUUUACCUUUUGGCAGGUUGAUCAUUUGCAAAAAUUGAAGUGUGAAUUAAUUGCGAAGGAUGUCCACUUUCAUUGGUUCGGUCGAGCCCUACGUUCCGGGAACUAGUUUUUCCGAUUACGCCGAGAGAUUGCAAUACGUUUUCGACUACAAUAACGUACCUGCUGUUAACCGGAAAUCUCUGUUUAUAACGGUCGGUGGUGCAUCUGUUUUUGCUGAAAUAAAAAAGUUAUACCCAGGAGUCGAAAUCAACACUUUGGAAUAUGACGACAUAAUAAAUCGACUGAAAAGCCGUUUUGAUAAAACCCGUGGAUUGAUGCAGAAGCGCGAAGCAUUUUAUAAAAGGAAUCAAGGUAAGGAUGAACCUGUGGAAGAUUUCAUACUUGACGUGAAAUUACUAGCGGAAAGCUGUAUGUUUGGGUUAGUCAAGAGUAGCUUGAUUCGAGAUAGACUGGUGUUCGGCGCGGCUGACAGGAAAGCAUUCGAAAAAUUGUUUGAGAUGGAAGAUCCAAGCUUAGAAGACGUGGAACGUAUCUUGAUUGCUAGAGAACAUUCUCUUAAAAAUGCGAUGCGAGUUGAAUCACAAUCAGAUUUGCGUGUGAACGUUAUUGAUCGAUUGGGCCCGAAACAUAAUCCGCGUCGUAGUGCAGAAUUUUUUAACGGCAGAAGGGAAAGGUUUCCAAAUCGUGGCCGUUACGAUCAGGAUCGUUACACAUUUCGCAACCGCAGUCGCAGUCGUUCUCGAGGUGAGAGGAAUGUUCGAGGAGGCGUCUUGUGUAGCUAUUGCAACAUUCGAGGACAUACUAGGCGAAACUGUUAUGAACGUCAACGUUCACAUCAAUCGAUUCGCUUCAUGGAGGACUCUACCGAAUCUGUGGCCGCAAACUCUAACUUCAAGCGUGUUGUUAAAGAUUCAAGCAAUUCGGAAGACGAUCUUGAGUGCAUGAGCAUCACUGAAGGAAUAAAGGCGUUAGAAGGUCCGAGCGCAUAAAAAGGAGAAGACAGCUCAACGAUCUCGGAAGCAAUGUUGGAGAGCAUCAAGG